UGUAAAUGAUACACACAGAACAAUAACAAGUUAUUGCAAAAGUCUUGUUUUAAGAAAAAAUAAAUAACUUGCUGAAAAAAUUGCUUCUAGUAAGUCGGUCACUCGUUAGAACGUUUCUGGCUUACCUUAUCUUUGAAAACAACAGCAAUGUACAUUUUAAAGUCAAAUUGAUCCGCCAACGAUUCUCGCUUUCGUCGUAACUGCGACCGCAAACGGCUGAGAGUUGCUGAUUUUCUGGAGGCAGGAUCGGCCAUUUGAGACUUACAGUCUGUCCAGCUUUUUAAACGAAAACUAAAACUUACGGUUGAAAUUUGUUAAAAAAUUCGUGUUAGCUGGACGCACAGUUGAUGAUUCACUGGCUGUUCUCGCGAGAAAAACUACAACGUUCCGACCUAAAAUCCUUAAGGGCUAUUUUAUACAAUCUAAAAUUUUCAUUUUCGGCAUUUUGAUGGUCCCUACAGCGCCUGGAUUUGCUAAAAUUCAUGAAAAGUUAGGUUGUUAUCCACCGUUCGCUCUUCGUUCUAUGAGACGGAAAGAUGGCGUCCAAUGACGUCAUUAACCUCGUUUUGAGUUCACAUAGCUUGAAUUCUUUACAUUCCACAGCUCAAUCAAAAAUGGCGAUUGACUUGUACAGGUUGAUUGGUGUUGUUGUUAGCGCUUGUGUUUCUAUCUUUCUUCUACUGGUGGUACAGGCGAUUUUAGUUUUUAGAAAACUGAAACCAAAGUCAAGUCGGAAGGGCCGCAAUGGAACGGUUGUCCUUCAUCAAAUGCCACCAAAUAACAGAGUUUUAAAUGUCUCUCCACCGUGUCUCAAGUUAGAAGCGUACUUAAGAAUGAACAAUAUCCCUUAUGAGAGCGAUUACAGUUUCAAUAUGUCGAGUAAAGGGAAAGUUCCAUGGAUAGAAUACAAUGGAAAGUCCGUUGCUGAUUCUAACUUUAUAAUCCGUUUCCUCAACGAAGAAUUUCAAUUUGACCCAGAUGCCCAUUUGAGUGUUGUGGAAAAAGCUAUUGCACACUCGAUGCUGGUCACACUCGAGGAGAAUACUUACUGGUACGAAGUUUAACAAUAUUAUAUCAGUUUCAUUUUAUAGUAAGUUUGAUUACUAUGGAUGUGUUUAGCAGCUCUCUCUUUAGUAUCAGCUAUCUUCAGUCUUGUCAAUCUCCACAUUUUAUAUUGAUUUAGCGCAUUUCCCCCGCUUCCCUAUCAUCACUG